GUGACCGUCCUAAUUGAAUGAAUGGCGACGUUUCCCUUUCCUAUGGUACUUCGUAUAAAGUGCACCGAGUGUGGGGGGAAAGAAGACGUUGACUGGACCGUUCCAAAAGUUGUCCAAUUCAUGGACGUCAUUGGUGUAUUGAACAGUCUUAUGCCGGGGACUCUACCGACUGCGUUUGACUAUAUGGACGAAGAGGGAGACAGAAUUACAGUGAGGGGUGACGACGAGCUAUUUGCCAUGAUAGACUACUAUUUCUUUCGAUGUGGGGAAGACGGGCGGUCAAUGCAUCUAGAGAUAUUUCCCAAGGUGGCCAAAAUGAAGAACAUGUUUGGACUUACAGUUAAUACGAGAGCUCCUAUGAAGGAAUCUGCUGCGGCUAGAGGGAGCGGGGGCAGCAGUGGAAGUGACAGAAGGAAAACCAGUGAUGAUCUCCACGCGAUCGUGACGUCAGGCCAGAUCACACCCAACGAGUUACAGUAUCUCGAAUUGUUAGGCCAUGGCAACGGUGGGACAGUGUACAGAGCCAUACAUCAGCCUUCAAAGACUAUCAUCGCUGUCAAGGUUAUUCCGGUGGACGUGACUGUUGAAGUCCAAAGGCAGAUUAUGUCUGAACUAGAUGUAUUACACCAGUGUCACUCACAAUACAUUAUUGGAUUCUAUGGUGCUUUCUUUAUUGAAAACAGGAUAUCAAUUUGUACUGAAUUUAUGGACGGAGGUUCUCUAGAUGCAUACGGACCAAUACCAGAGCCAGUACUCGGGAGGAUAGUAGUCGCAGUCGUCAAAGGGUUGGAAUACUUGUGGAGUCUAAAAAUAAUGCAUCGAGAUGUGAAACCAUCAAACGUCUUAGUGAACACAAAAGGACUGGUAAAACUAUGCGACUUUGGUGUGAGUGUUCAGCUUGUAAACUCCAUAGCAAAGACAUUCGUUGGAACAAACGCCUACAUGGCACCUGAACGUAUCCUUGGUGGUCAGUAUGGUGUACACUCUGAAGUGUGGAGUCUUGGAGUCACCAUUUUAGAGAUUGCUCUUGGCUACUUUCCGUUUCGUAAGUCUGGUUCGUCUCCUGAAGGAAUGUUGGCAAUCGAUCUACUGCAGUGCAUUGUCAGUGAGGAACCACCUCAGCUACCUUCCGAUGAAUUUUCACCGGCGUGCGUCGAUUUUCUCUGCCAGUGCAUGCAGAAAAGUACGCAGUCAAGACCCAGUCUCAACAUGCUGAUGCAACAUCCGUUCUACGUUGCUUGCGACGACAAUAACAUCGCUGUGAUAGCAACGUGGAUAUGUCGAUCCUUGGAGGAGAACAGAGGACGGGUAUCGUGCAGUACCGGCUCCCCGGCUUCUGCUCGCGUCUCUCAGACUUCAGCCAGUCGGCGGCUCUCCAAUAGCAUACGCUCGCUGUCUCCUCUUCGCGCUCCCGAGACUGUCGAUAGGACAAACAGCCGUCGCGACGCUUGGGACGUCCGUACGCGAAGUUACUGCCCUUCUAGCAUGGACGUCACGUAAACAAUAGAGUAAGAGUAUAGAGUACUAAUUAGACCUCUAGAGUCAUGUAAAAUAGAGUAAUCUAACUAA